AUGGACAGCGAAGCAAGUGAUAUAGACAUAGAAAUAUCUGACAGUAUCUCUGUUGGAGGUGAAGAAUAUAUAGAGGACGAUGAUGAAUAUACAGAAGAUUUUGACGAUCGGAUAGUUGCAAGUAAAUCAUCUAAACGUGCAGCACGUAAAAGAGAACCAAAAGGGGUAAGAGCGUCGAAACGGAUCAGGGACAAAGAACUCACUGACGAGGUUGAUGAGGAAUUUGACGAGGAUGAGGAAGUGCUAAGCCCUUCCAAGAAACGUCAUUUACACACCAGGUCAAUGGAUAAAAGAAAGGUUGGUACUGCUGUGUUUGAAAGUUCUGAUAUUGAGGAUACUAAAACCAAUGACGACGUAAUGGAUGAAAGCAAUACAGAAGAAGAAGAGGAAGGUUUAGAAGAAGUGCUAAAUGGAGAUGAAGAUAAGGAGAUUGCUGAGAAAGGUGAAGACAUAGAUUACAAUCAAAGUGGCAACGAGCCAAAAAAGGAAGAACAAGACAUGGGAUCUGGAGACUAUGAAGAUAACGAGGUCAAUAUUAGCAAGGAAUCAGACGAAAUGGAGUCUGUUAUGAACGGUAAUGGAAAUGAAGAGGACGAAGAAGUUGAGGCGACCAAGGAAAGCACAACAGACUCUACUAGGAGUACUACAACUCGAAGUAAGAUGUUGAUGGAUUUAUUGGAGGAUGGUGGCUCUAAAAAGAAGUUAACAGAUGAAGAGAUUCAAUUAAGAAGAGCUGAAAAUGCUCGUAAACGGAAGAACCUGAGUGAGAAGAGAUUAGAAGAAGAGAAGCAAGACACAAUAAAUAAGCUCUUGAAGAAAAGGGCCGGUAAAUCUAGAAGUCAUCUGCCGAACGAGGAUGAUAAAAAUGAUGGCUCCUCAAGUUUUGUAAAGCCGCGUAGGCCUUAUAAUAGCGACGGUAUGACAAGAAUUUUAAGGAAUUACAAGGAAGAUGUAUUUUGUAUCUUUUAG